CUGCCUGACACUACCCAUCCAGCAUUGACCAGGCAUGUCUGCAGAAGAACGUGCACCUUUUGUGGUCUCUUGCAACCUGGAGUCUCCCAUCUGCAGAGACUGGGUAAGGCAAGGCAAAGAAGAAAAGGAGGCAAAAUCGGACCAGACAUGGGAAGGAAGUUCUGCAGAUGAAUCUGAGGAGCUGGAGCUGGAACCCGAGCCGCCACCAGCAGCUGUGCGGAGAAAGGUCUCUUUUGCAGAUGCUUUCGGCCUGGACCUGGUUUCCGUGAAGAAGUAUGACAGCCGAGAUUCAAGAGGGCAAGAUUUAUUUGGGUUAAUAGGGACAGAGAACAGAGAGGGUGAGGAAUAUCGCAUGUCCUGCCUUUUUACUGUCCCGGCUUCGGACCAGGAGCUGGAGAUGAAAAUUCAGAAGCAGAAGCUUGAGUUGGAGAGCAUAAAGCUGCUCCCUGAAUCCACGGCUAUCCAAGGCAUCAUCCGUGUUCUCAACCUUUGCUUUCACAAGGCCGUAUACGUCCGGACAACACUGGACAGUUGGCAGAGCCACUUCGACCUGCAGGCAGAGUAUAUGCCUGGCUCCAGUGAUGGCGAGACGGACCGCUUCGCCUUCCAGCUUAUGUUAAUGCCUCCGUUCCAGGCUAAAGAGAUGCGGGUGGAGUUUUGUCUGCGUUAUGAGAGUGCUGUUGGGACCUUUUGGGCCAACAAUGGAGGCACAAACUACAUUGUCUUCUGCCACCAAAGAUGUAGGGGUGAUCUGAAAGAAAAAGAGAGAGAAAGGGAGAAGGUAAAAGAGGAGAGUAACCACAAAGGUAUCAGGAGCUGCCUGAAAACAGUCAGUAAAAAUAUCUGCACGGAGACGGAGGAGACGCACGCAGAGGCGAGUGGGGAGAUCUCAGAGCAAAUCACAUCCAGUAUCGGGCAUAGAUGGGAAAGCACAACAGAUGAAGAGGCAGGAAUUACUCCCCCCAAAUUCCUAAAGGACUGCUGCAAAACUCUGGUGGAUCGGCGUAGGACACGUCGGGCUGCUCGUUUGGCACAUGUGCAGGACUAUUUCUCUCAAAAAGCGAAACAAGAAACCACCUCCAAAUCGUCAACCAUGUCCAUCCCAAAACUGAAUACUCCAAGUAGAAGAGAUUUGCCAAUAGUCCACACCCUACAAGGACACCGUAUGGACACAUCACUGAUGUUAUUAAACCAAAUCCCUUUGCUUUCUCUGGGCUGGGGUGGCAACAAAACAGCACUUACCCAAGCAAACCCUACAGAUGUCUGCAAUGGAACAAACCCAGAAAACCAUCCAGUUGAUGAUCAGCCAGCAAAUGUGGCUUGUGAUACCCAGGAAGUGUUUCUCAGUGGCUCUGAUACAACACACAGACAAAAAGAUACACAGGACCAACAGUGUAUUCCUCAAGAGUCUGUUUGCUCUCACUUUAGCCAAUUUCAAUCAGUCUCAAACAUAAAUGAAGGGGCUGAGAAAGAUACAUCUCUAUCCAUGACCACUACUGAGCAAGAAUUAUUUUACUGGAGAGCAGCAGAAAUUCUAGAAUCGGUUCCCAGUGAGCAAUUAAACGACUUGAGCUCUGGCCAUUCUAGAGAGCCGGUUUUGGGUUACCAGCAUGUGGAAGAGCCAAGAGUCACUCCUGUAACAUGUUCUGCUCAGGGAUCAGAGACAAAGAGGGCAGUAAGAGAGUUAGAAAGGUCUGGUGACCACCAAACCCCACAUCAUGAGCACACAAGCAGACCUUUGAGCCAAGGCAUGAGCCCAGGGGAGGCAGUACCUAGCACAUUUGACACAGACACUCCAAAUUCCAAAGUCAGAGAUGGAAUCUUGCCUGAAGAAUUCAUGGGCUGCUUUGACACCUCAAACACUGAAGCAAAGGUUAAAGAAAAAACACAUAUAGCCGUGAAUGACUCCUUGACAUUUACAGGGAUCAUUGACGAGCCAUUUGAAGAUAGACAGAAAGUAGAAUCUUUGGAAAAGAAGGAUAUAGACAAAGACAGAGAGCUAAAGACGGUGAAUGACGAUGAGCAGGUGGAAACAUGGGCAUUUCAUACAGAGCUACGUGAAGAGGAAAUGGAAAACACUAGAAAAGACCAGGAUGAGAAGACGUUAGAUGAGCGCAAAGGAAUAAAGAGCAUUCCAUUGUGCGAUGAGAACAAACUAGGCAUGUUGAAUGAGAAUCGGAAAGACAAUUCAGAGCUUCAGAAAGAUGACAAGGGGCAUUUAGAAGCUGCAAAUGAAAGACUUUACAAAAAGGAGGAGAAAACUGGCGAUAAAGAGGAGGAAAUGUAUUCAGAAACCAAACAAGUGCGAGUAGAGGAGUCCAAAGUGUUGGGCGAGAAUCAAUCAGAUGGAGAAGAGAGAGAUGUUGAUGAUUUCAAGACAUGUCACCAGCCUCAUGAUACCCCAAACACACACAUUAACACGCCCGACCACAUAUCAAGCUAUCAAACAGUUAGUAUAGACCUAUUUGAGCACCUCAGUUGGACAACACCUGUAAAGGAGAAAGAGGCAAGAGAUGAUUUUGAAUUUGGAAGUACUCUCAGAAACAGAGCAACUCAUGAAUCCCUGGAUGAAGUAGAUGAACUCCCCAUUACGUUAACCAGCGUUCAUCUGUCCUGGGUGGGUGCCACGGACAGUAUGGGCAGCAACAGCAGGCUAUUGUCAUGGCGGCAAGAGUUCUGCUCUCUUGGUUAUGUGUACGCCAUUCUGUUUAUAAUCUUUUUAACUGCUUAUCUGUAUGACCUACCGACCUGCUUGGCCCUCUAUUUGUCUUCUCUGUGCUGGUGGCAAGAAAAGGCAAGAAACAGCACAGGGCUGAGUCCAGACAUCAACUUGAUGUCAAAUGAAAUAACAUGAACUUGAUGUCAAAGGGCCCAUCAUCGCUUGACAAAGAAAAAGUGUUUUAAUAAUGAGUGCCAUUUAUUAUGGGGCUUUUUUGUGUUUGUCGCUUGUCAUUUGUGUUCACACAAACAAACAAAUAAACUCAAGUUCAGUCAGUGUUAAUCAAUCAAGACCCAUUUGAAGCAAAAUCUUUCAAAACUGCACUUAGAUUACCUUUACUUAAUAAUUUUGGCAGACGCGUUCCCCUAAACUUUCAUUAGAAAAGAAGCAUUGAUGAGUAUGGCAGGGCGUGCUUUAAGCCUAGUCAAACUCCCCACCUGCCACUGUCCCCGGGGCAGUGAGGCCCCGCUUUCACGGUCCGUAUUCAUACUGAAAAUCAAGAUCAAGCGAGCUUUUGCCCUUCUGCUCCUCCUGCGUUACCGUAUGACAGGUGUACCGCCCCAGUCAAACUCCCCACCU